CUGUGCAGACUGAUUCCGCGUGCUGUGAGGUUUGUUGUUGCGUCUUGCGUAUAAGCGUUGUCCGUUGUCCCUGGGCGCAGUUGAUGAAUGUGAAUUUUCGUGAAUCCCGUGAGCUGGAGAGAAGUUUCAAUCUUGAGGGCGAAUAUGUGCUCAGCUUUGUGUUUUUGAAGUGAAUACUCAAUGCAAAUUGUGAUUAGUGAUUGUUUUUCUUUCAAUAGUAACGGAAAUUAUUCAGCUUACAAUAGCACUCGCAAUUAGUUGCUAGAAAUCUAUGUACAUUCUAGACCUUGUCCGCCUAUUAUUGUUGGCAUCAUAAGAAACCGCGUUGUGUAGUUGAGCGUUAACCGCUGCUAGACGCCAACAAAACAUACUGUUUUCUAGUGCUACUGCUAAGAAAAAUUGCAAGACAAUCACCGUCACCAGAUAAAGUGAUUGAGAGAAAAAUAUCGAUCGCUUCCUGCUCAAAUGUUACGCCGUGCCCUCCCCUGACAGGCAAAAGAAGUGUUAUAAUUGUGUCGAGAUAAAUCAAUAUCAGCAGUAGUACGAAAAAUGUCAACGAUGGUUGAAUCAUCUCCAGUUGCUAUGGUCACAAUAUCUCGCAGUUCUUUGUCCACCAAAAGUGCGGAAUUGGAUAGUGGCAUGAUUAGCGAUAGUCGUUUCGGUGCCGUUGACCCGUCUCGUUCGCCCUCUGUCGGAGAGACGUUUGUUUCCGCUGGAACCGACGGUCCAGUGUCAUCUUCGGAUUCCGAUUCCGACGAUGAUUCGAGUGAAGGUGAAGGAAACCAGCAGCGGCGCGGUGAAGGGUCUUCGUUGAACAACACUAAUCACAACUCGGUCACCGCAUUCGACCACGUAUCAUCGUUACCGCUGGAGGAUGGCACUGUCGGUGGCAUUCGGCCGCUAUCACCGGGCGAGGGACCAUCCGGAUCGACGUCCAUGUCGCUAUCGAUGGGAUCUAUGGGAGACGAGCUUGCCGAUAGAAGCCCAAGCCAACCGCUUAUAGUGGUAACACUAAUCCCGGAGAAGAAAAGCAUCUUUCUGAAGUAUUCAGAGUAUGAGAUAAAGGCAAGGGCCUACGAUACGGUGGUGCGCAGACGUUACAAGGACUUUUUAACGCUGUUCAAUUACCUGGUCGAGAAAUACCCCUAUCGUAUAAUACCCAAACUGCCGCCCAAGCCGCUUCUUUCGGACUCUCACUUUGCGGAACGCAGCCGUAAUCUGCAGACAUGGCUCACGAUACUGUCGAUGCAUCCCGUGCUGGGCAGCUCCCCGAUAUUGGUGACCUUUUUGAGCGACAAAACGGAAGAGUACCUGUUUCGAAUGAAUGUCAAGUACGAAAAGCAGAUCGACGAAUUCGGCCGUCUGCGUAAGGAUGUUGAUCUGCCGAUGGAAGAUCUGGAAAAACUGACGGCCGGACGGGACCGGCUGCAAAAGGUGCACCAAUCGUUGCGCCAGUUGCGGAAAAUUUUCGACGAGCAGGCAUCUCGCGCCGAAGGGCAGGCCCGCGACAUGGCCGAAGUCGAUUUGAUACUGCAAGGUCUCGAAGUACCGAACGUGUUCGGCCACAACACGUUCGACGAGCUGUCACAAAGUGCUCAAACGGUUGCACGACAUUCCGAAACGUACGUCCAGCUGCAGCGACAUGCCGUUAACGAGCGCAUCCACGUGCUGAUGGAGGUGCUCUCGGCGCACAACGAUCUGUGCGAUAGAGUGGAGAAAGGAAUCUUUGCCGACCACCAGAAAGCUCUCUCGAAGUCACAUGGCACUGGCAAAUCGAAAACGACAGGUGCCACGAGCAGUAGUACACUUAAUGUUGACCCUGCACAGCAACCCGAGGAGUCGCAGCCCCGUGAAGUAGUGGAUCAGUGCGGACGUCGUUGCGCUUUCGCCCUGCAGUGUGUCCGUAGUGAAACAUCGCUUACCGAGAAGUAUCUUCACUCGCUACCGUCGAUUCUGCUCGCCUAUGCCCAUGAGGAGUCCCAAUAUCACAGCAAGGUAACCGACAUCGAAUUCAUUCGUGCCAACCGUUGGAAAUGUUUCAUAAAUUUCUCUUUUGCCGCAGAUGUCGAAGAUUUGGCAUCAGCUAGUAGCUAACGAAUCUUCUAAAUUGUGCUAAUGAACGAUUUCCGCAACCUAGUGACGACUUACCUUGGGCUAUCCUGGGUUUGUCCCAGUUGCUCGUAUCGGUUUUUUACCGCUUUUGUUUUUAAAUAAAGCACAAUUUUUAACAUGCAGUAUUUGAAAAUAGUCUAAUUGUAAAUUGAAUAAGAAAUAAAAGUGGGCUUUAGCCCUGUACAAGUAUAUACAUUGAAAACGGUAGCGGUUACAUUAGCACGUUAUCUUGAAACUAGCUUAUGCCGAAGUAUUACCUGCGUUUCAAAAAAGUUUAUAGUUUUAGGUGUUUUUAACUUCUUACGUUUAUCACAGUUGGUUUUAAGUUGGUCAGGAGAUGAUGAUAUUAUAUUUAAUUGUUGCUUUAUAAAAAUAUAC